AAUGUAUACGAUUUUGUUGUUGUUGUUGUUACUGUUCUUGUUUUGUUUUGUCGAUUUCAUUGUGAAAGUUUUAUAACUUGCGCCAUUUCAUUUUUUUUUUCUUCUUAUUUCGCGUUAAUUUUGCUUUUCUUCGAUUAUUUUGAGUUUCUUAUUUUAAUUUGAGUCUCGCUUGUUCAUUUUCUUUUAGUUGGAAAAGAUAGUGUGAAAGCAUUGAAUAAGACGAAUUGAAUAAUUUGGUUUUUGGGCGAGAGUGUGUUGGAGAGAGAGAGAGAAUGGGAAAGAAGAACGAUAACUGACAUACAGGCACAACUCAAAACAACAUAUUGGCCAGUAUGCUUUAAGUUAUCUACGCACAUUUCCGCGGAAUAAAUUGUCCUAAUUAUUAUCAAUAUCUAUUUAUAUUUAUUAAAAAAAAGAAAUAAAAGAAGAAGCAUGAGACGAUUGCAAUAUAAAGUAAUUUUGGAGUCGUACGAGUUGUGGCAUGAGUGAUUUGGCAGCAAACGGACUCUGUACCUAAUGUGCCGUAUCUGUGUUUGUAGUGCAACGUUCACUCGUUUAAUUGAUAUAUAGAAUGGUAAGCGCACUGUAGCACCGUGUUCGUAUGUGCUGAAACAGCAGCAGCAGCGACAGCGGCAAUGUGAACAAGCAUGAAACGUCCAACUACCAACAUCAACCGAUGUGAUAAUGCGCAACAAUAAAAUGCAUGCAAAUAAUCAACAAUCUUCUAAGCAUAUUGUAAAAAGCUGCACAUUCCAAUUUAAACUGACUCAUGCAUUUUGAAUCAGUGACACUUUUUUUUUCACUUGAGAUUUGAAUGAAAGGCAAACACAUAUAGAAAAAGCGAUUACAGAACGUUGUUACGCUAUUGUUGUACGAUAUAAGUAUAUACUAUAUAUGAAUGAAAUGGAAUAAAAAUGGAAGAAACGGAAUCAAAGAAAAAUGGCAAUUGAGUUUGCCUUUGCCGCAUCGAACGCCACCGACUGUUAUCUCCGCAAAUUCAUAUAUUUAUAUACUCAACAUAGUGUUACUAAUUAAUAAUUGUGAAUAUUAAUUGUCAUUGUCAGUAAUUUCCAUAACGAAUUCAAAGUGUUUUUGUAUAUAUAAAAAAUACAUUGACCACUUUUCAUUUACAUGACAUGUAGCAAUAGGUGGCUAGUUGUAGCAGAAUAAUUUCGCAAAUAUGUAAGGGAGCAGUUGUAUAUCAUUGAUUUUUUUUUUUCAUUAACAUUUUUGAUUGAAUCUGUGCAUUCUUUCGUAAUACCUCAUUUUUUCUGCGGUUGGAAAAAUGAGCCAUAAAAUUUGUCAUAAGUUCAAUUGUUUUUCAUACGAAAAAUAAAACAUUGACAAGGCAAAUGAAGUAAUAUCAAGUGUGUCAAAUCAAAAAUACGAAUUUAUUUGCAGUAAAACAUUUCGGUCGGUUGCUAGUAGAAAACGUAAUUUCAUUGUGUAUGACAGAACUACCAUGAGUUAUCUAUCCUUCCCCGUGAUAAAUUGUGUCUGUUUUUAGCACCAGCCAAUUUCGAAGACGUUCAAUCUGAUAGCGGAAAUAUUCAUGAAUUCAAUGAGGCCGAUGCGAUAUCACAGCGCCUGAUACAUUGAAUCAGACGAAAGAAAAAAAAAUUCUUAUUCACAUAUACAUGGAUACAGCUAAAUAUACACACACAGUUCCACGUUUAGUCAUUACGAUAUCAAUCAGGCACUAAACGUCCCAAGGUAUUUAAAGCAAUUGAACUCAACAGUUUCAUUAUCGGCAAUUAUGUGACGUAAGUUUUGUUUAGUCGUCACAACGCCGUUGAAAAAAUAAAUAUUUACAAAUGUAGAUCACACCAGCGCUGGCAAUAUUUUAUGCCUUUUUUGUAUAUCUUCAAAGCAACACGAGAAUGUUUAUGAUGUUGCUGUGCCGAUGGUUUAUGUAAAUAGAAUCAUGAGAUAAAACCAAAUAGAAAGAAGAAAAACAAUUACAUACAUAUUGAUUGCAAUCAAACUCAUACGUUCCGAUCAUAAAACAUGACAUGGAUUCAAAGCGUCCUUCCAUACGUCACUUCAGUGUGUGUUCGAUGACAUGAUUAGCUGACAACGAAUUUUCAUGGUCUUUUGGCGCACAAACACAUGUUUUUGACGUUUUCCAGUUGUGACUGCGCCAAGAAUCGAAACGAAAAUGCCAUUACAGCCGAUAAAACUUUUUUCAGCAACAAGAACGAUGCAGUUUUUCUAACAGUUUUCAUUUCGUUGAACACCGAAAUUAUGUAGCCGAGGCAAUUUCAAAUUCAUUUCUUCUGAUUUUCAACGAUUACGUGUUGGUUCAUUUUGAAGUUUGUUAUUAUAAACAAACCGCCGUUCACAAUUUCACCAUGUCAUGAAAUAUGAAUCUUUGCUUCGUUCGACUAAAUUCAUAUUGAACAGCCAGCAAAAGGGAAAAAGGUUUUGAUCCGUAGCCUGUGGAAGAAAUCUGCUGUCGAAAUAUCGUGAGCGUUUCGAUAUUUUAUCACGGUGUGCGGUAUUUAUGUCACAACCAAAUUCAGCUUGAUGUGUCAAACUGAUGCCGAUUGCACAUUCACAUUGAUCUGAGCAUUUGGAAAGGGUUCAAUAAUGGGCAGAAAAAGGAUAGGGGCACAUGCCAUUCGUGGCAAUAGGUCGAAACCGCGGAAAGUUGAAGAUGGCAAGCAAAAGGAGGAGAAAGCAUACUUUGCAAUCAAGUUGGCCGCCGCUAGUAUUGUUCGACCGGAAUAUCGUGAUCGUAUUCUGCCAUGGAUCACAAAAACCAGCAUAAAAUGCACCGAAAUAUCUGAAUUGGCGUCGCUUUUAUUCCUCAACAAAGUCAGAGCUGCCACUGAACAGGCCAUCAUCACCGGCAAUUGGGAAUAUUUCGACGAUGGCGAUGGAAUGCACAUCAUCGAAAAUUGCUUCUAUGCUGUGUUGCGGCGCUACAAGGAAGACGAUUUCAUUAUGGAUCCAUGGUUCCGGCAUUGCUUUGAGAAUGUGGACAUCGAGAAUCGCUCCGCAUGGCCAAACAAUGAUUACUUCGGCAACUUGAUGAAAUAUUUGUUCCAACAAUAUGGCCGUAAUGUGAAGACGAAUUUGGAUACACAUGCACAGAAACGAUUGCGGUAUUUCUUGAGAUUGAAGGCAUUCAGACAGAACUACACUAACCGGAUUCGUGGCCUACCGGACACAUACGAUGAACGAGAUGUGGCAAAUGCAGUGUCAUGGGCAAUCAAACGAUAUGACGCAACAAGAGGUGAUGCUAAUCGCUUGGCCAAACGAGAUCGAUUGUUGCGUUACGUUCGAGACAUUCGUGGACCAGCUGACGAUGAUAUCGCCAAAUUCACCAAAGACGAAGAUACAUGGUUUUCAUCAUUGCCAAUGUGGUUGAUCAUGCAAUCGGAAAUCGAAACGCACCUCAACUGGGUUGAACAGCACCACGACAACAUCGUGCAAGUCAUUGCGUUGCCAAACAUCAAGAAUUUGGUGGUCAUCCCAAUCUGUCAUCACACGCGAAAGGCAGUGAGAAUAGACGCUGAUGUUUUGUAUCGUAUGAUGUGCGAAACCGGUACCAUUCCGCGUGAUGAAUAUGGUCGGCAACAUACAGUGGGCCACGUCACGUCAAAAUCAAAUCAAGCGUAUUAUUUCAAUAUGAUUUUUAACAUGGAGAAAAUCAAUCGAGUGUUGAAAGCAAACAAAAAAUUCGAACAUAUUCUCAGCGAUGGUGUAUCGGCAUCGAUUCUGUACUCAGUGAAGAAAACCGUAGUCGACAAGUUAGUGGAAGAUGGUUUGGUGCGUAAACGGUACUCGGAUGGCUUCUAUGUCUAUGAAUUGGGCAUUGAUUGGGGCAUGAAGACGUGGAAUGCAACCGUUAGGCGACGGAUUAAUAAUGACAAAGAGCGAAUUCAUAAUGGCAAAGAGAUGAAUUUCACAAUCAACAGCAAGAAGUAUCAUUAUUGCACCGGAGAAGGAGUGCGUAAGGAAAAGAGAGAGCGAUGGACUCGUGCCUUUGGGCAGUUCGAAGAGAGUGAUCGAAACAACCGAGCGCGAUAUGACCGAAUGCUAUCACCAAAAGGAAGUAAUUGGCGUGACUACAUACGGCAUCGAUUCACCAUCAUGAAGAAAGCCAUUGCAGUGUACACAACCGAAAAGUACACACGUUUAAGUUUUGAUCAUUACAUCGAGUCCAAUCGGGUCAGUGACAAGGUGGCCGCAAUGCUGACAAAUCGCAAACGAUGCAUCAUUAACAUUGGAGCUUCCCAACCACCUGCAAAUUCACCAAUACAGAUCAAGAAACACGUUCGAUGCCCGGGCGUGCGGAAAUUGAUGAAGAGUUUCAAGAAAAUGGAAGGCAAUGUCAUACGAUUUGUGAACGAAGCCAGAUCAUCACGAUUGUGUGCCAGAUGUUUCGAACCAUUUCCAUUGAGUACAUUGAACGAUCGUGUCAAGGUGUGUGAAUGGUGUAUGCCCGAUCAAGAUGAUUGGCCUGAUGGAAUGAAGCUACCAGAGAAAAUUGUAGCGGCAAAGAGCAAGCGGAAGUUGCGAUCAGAGCGACGAGCAAUGCGACAAGCAGCAGUGCAGAAUCCAAAUCAACCCCGUGGUUUUGUGUCUAAGGUGAUUUGCUACCGUAAAAACUGGCAACAAAACGCGGCAAACGGUAUGGAUGACAAUGUUGAAGAGCGCAGAGGUGUAAUCAUUCACGACGCUGAACUCGGUAUCAUCGAGUACACAGAUGAAUAUGUGCCCGAAGACCCUGUUGACGACUCUCCAGUACUGAAGACAGUUUGGCAACGUGACAUUUCGGCUGCAAAAUUGAUCUUGUACAGAGGGCAUUGCGAACUCUUUGGACAUCGGCUGCAUGAUGCGUUCACACGUCAACACCUCGUGUAUCCAACUCGAUUCCGAGUCAACUUCAACAUUCAUUAAUAUCAAUGGAGCCGCAAUUUAUGUUUUAUUUUUCAAAAGAAUUUAUGUAACAGUAUGUUAUUUGUAGUUGGUUGAGGUCUUAGUCUCCCAGACAUCAUCGAUACCAGAUAUCGAUGGCUAUCUAUAUUCUAUAGUCUAUAUAGAUGUAGGUAGAGUACAGGAUAAUUCCUGUAGCCGAGGCAAUGACAUUCAUGUACGGAUUUUAAGAGGAAUGGAAAACACCAUGAGAGCUAAUAAGUGUAAAUAAUGCAUUUUUCAUAAUUGCAAUGAAAUCGCGAUUAUAUAUGCAGCGUGCACUUUCUAUGCAUUUGCUCCGUUUUAACAGUUUCAAUAGAAUAUUGCUGAAUUUUUCGGUUUUGCGCUGUGUUUUAAUACAAUUUUCAUACCAACGUAGCGUAGUGUUCCGCCUAAUGGAUAGUGAUUGAAUUGGUUUAAUAAAUGCUUGCUAAAAAGCGAUAAAA